AUGAUUCUUCGUCUCGCCACCCUGGUUAUCGUCUUGAAGUUCACCUAUGCUGAUUGGGAGCUCUACAAACGCAUCCAUGGCAAAAGCUACGACGUUGAGGAAGAAUCGAUGAGACGUCGAAUCUUCGAGAAAAAUGUCGCCAUGAUCAAUGCUCACAAUCUCCUCCAUGAUCUCAAGCAGGUCUCGUACCGCAUGGGAUUGUCUCGUUUGACCGACGCGACACCGGCGGAAGUUCAGGCUCUGAAAUGUUUGAACUUCACUUUGCCCAACAAAACCUCGCGGAAGUCUACUCUGGGUACCCUUCAGAGACAAGAUCUCCCCGAAGCCGUCGACUGGACCCAGCAGGGUUACGUGACUCCCGUCAAGGAUCAAGGAAAAUGCGGAGCUUGCUGGACCUUUGCUGCCACCGGAGCGAUUGAGGGCCAACAUUUCAAGGCGACCGGGAACCUUGUUUCGCUCUCCGAGCAGAAUAUUCUCGACUGCGUUAAAACUGCGACGAGCAACGGCUGUUCGGGUGGUCUAUUCGUUGAGGCUUUCGACUACCUCAAGAACAGCGGAGGUAUCGACGCAGAAGAAUCGUACCCGUACGAAGCAUCGGGCGGAACUUGUCGCUUCCGACAAGACUCGGUCGCGGCCACUGUCUCCGGGUACCAAGCGAUUUCUGCCGGAAAUGAAGCCGAGCUCCAGGAAGCUGUUGCGACCAUCGGCCCCAUCUCAGUCGGCAUAGACAGCGGCCAUCCCGGUUUCCAACACUACACCGGCGGUAUUUAUUACGAGCCCGAGUGUACGGAACAUCUCAGCCAUGCGGUCUUGGUCGUCGGCUAUGGCACUGAAAACGGCGAAGAUUAUUGGCUCGUCAAGAACUCUUGGGGCGCUUCGUACGGAUUGCAGGGCUACAUCAAAAUGGCGAGAAACAGGAACAACAAUUGCGGUAUCGCCACCGGCGCCGCCUAUCCCAUCACAAUGCUUUGUGUCGCGGCUCUAGUUGUUCUUCUGAAAUUCAGUCAUGCCGACUGGGAUCUCUACAAACGCGUUCAGAACAAAAAUUAUGGCGUCGCUGAAGAUUCGAUGAGACGACGGAUCUUCGAGAAAAAUGUGGCUAUGAUCAAUGGCCACAAUCUUCUGCAUGAUCUCAAGCGGGUUUCGUACCGAAUGGGACUGUCCCGUUUCACCGACUCGACACCGGAGGAAAUGAGAGCCAUGAGAUGCUUGAACAUCAACGUCUCGAUGACGACCGGCGGCCCUCAUGAGGAAGUCUUCGAUGCGAUCGAGAGCAGCGAUCUCUCCGAGGCUAUCGAUUGGAGGCAGCAAGGUUACGUCACCCCUGUGAAGAAUCAAGGAAAUUGCGGAUCCUGCUGGGCUUUCUCCGCCACCGGAGCCGUCGAGGGUCAGCACUUCAAGGCGACUGGGAGACUUGAAUCGCUCUCAGAACAGAAUCUCGUGGACUGCGUGAAAGAAUCGAAGGGCUGCGAUGGAGGCUUCUUUGAACAGGCUUUCCAGUACAUCAAGGACAAUGGGGGGAUCAACACCGAAGAUUCAUAUCCGUACGAGGCGUUCGAUGGAUCUUGUCGAUUCCGAGAGGACUCGAUCGGAGCCACUGUUUCCGGGUAUCAGACGAUUCCGAAGGGAAGCGAAGCCGACUUACAGAAAGCUGUAUCGACGAUCGGACCGAUCUCUGUGGCCAUUGACGUUAGUAAUCCGAGCUUCCAAAACUACCGUGAAGGCGUGUACUACGAGCCGAGUUGCUCAAGCUCAAAUCUCGAUCACGCGGUAUUGGUGGUUGGCUAUGGCAGUGAUGGCGGAGAAGAUUAUUGGCUCGUGAAGAACUCCUGGGGUACCUCGUUCGGGGAACAAGGGUACGUGCGAAUGGCCAGGAACAAGGGGAAUAAUUGUGGCAUAGCCUCUGCCGCCGCCUAUCCCACCGCUUAGGAGCUGUCGAUAUUCUGGUCGAUUCUUGUUCCAUCUUCUGAAUACAUUUAUGAAUUAACUU